CUCAUUAUACCUCGAAGAUAAUUACGGGUGAAGUUCCUAAUGAAAUCGGAACAAAUGUUAAACAAUUUACAAGUGUAUAUAUAUUGAAAUAUAAACGUGAAUCUGAUAUUGACUUUGUACUGUCUCCGGUACUCGAUAAAGAUAUACCAGAACAUUUGCAAAGACGCUUAAAUGAAGUGAAGGCUUUAUAUAAACAGAGAAGAAAAGAAGCUGAAGAGCGGUUUGAUCUCGCUAAUAUUGACAAUCGACAAUAUCCAAUAUCUGAAGUUACACAGUUUAUGGUUUUAAAAA